AUGGUUCUAUUUACUGAUCUGCCAAUUGAGAUUCAGCAUCGAAUCCUGUCAUUCUUGCAUGCUCACCGCGAUGUUGCCGCGCUCUCCAUACAAUGCCGCUCACUGCACGCCCUGUGCGACAUGCCCAUGCGCAAGAAGUACCGGCGACUGCGCAUCGACAGCAAAGACAAGAGCUUGAAUAAAGCAUUUGCGACCAGGAAAAGCAGCUGCUUCGCGCCGCGAUAUGUAAAGCAGGAUUCACAGGUUCAGAGACAGGUCGCAUUCUCAACAUGGUUAUGCAAACAGAGGCCGUCCUACUGGGAGCCGAGGCGUCUACAUCUCCCAGGCCUUGACUGCGCUCUUUAUCUCGGUUUCACCAGAACUAGAGUCAUUGGCAACGCCCCCGCCGUUCUUCAACUAUACUGGCUUUUACUUGCCCGAUCAAAGCCACGAUUUCGAAUCAGUCAACUACCCUCUGGAAAGGCUGCUUCGUCAGGUUAA